AUCAAUCUUUUACCCAGGAAACGGCGGGUAAUUGGUUCCAAGGUUCAAGGGUGAACCGCCCAGGAGCGCCAGUGCAGCGCGGACCAGAGCUGGAAAGUGACGGCUGACGCUCAAGUGUCAAGGUGACAUCGAAAGUUAAACAAAUAAUGGCGGAUCACACCAGUCCUAAAGGCAGCAGUGGAGACUUUGCCAAAAAAGUCCAAAGACGGCUGAGCAGAGGCAAAGAAAAGGUGCUGCAGAAACUUGGCAAGUCUGUGGAGACCAGAGAUGACCGGUUGGAGCAUUACGUCCUACAGUUUCAGGACCAACAGGCCGACGGGAACAGAAUCUACAAGGAGCUGAGGAACUACAUUGAAGCGGUCCGAGACAUGAGAGAAGCCUCCAGACGCCUCUCGCAGUCUUUGUUCGACGUUUACGAAACCAAUUGGGUGGGAGAAGAAGACGUCGGCGCCAUAGUGGAGGGCGAGGACCUCCUGUGGAACGACUACGAGGUGAAGCUGUUGGACCAGGCAGUACGGACCAUGGAGUCCUACGUGGGCCAGUUCCCUGAUGUCCGGGAGAAAGUGGCCAAGAGGGGCAGGAAACUGGUGGACUACGACUCGUCCCGUCACCACCUGGAGGCCCUGCAGACGGCCAAGAAGAGGGACGACGUCAAGAUCAGCAAGGCAGAAGAAGAGAUGAGCAGCACCAAGCGAGUCUACGACACCAUCAACAGCGAGCUGAAAGAGGAGCUACCUGAGCUGCAUGAAAGCCGCAUCGGAUGCUACGUGACGGUCUUCUCCGCCGUAUCCAGCGUACGAGAUGUCUUCUACAGAGAGAUGAGGACGCUCAACAUGGACCUGGACAACGUGGUGAAGGAACUGCAGGCCCAGCAUCCUGACAAAGUGUUUGCUGUUCAGGGUGUGCACAGGUUCGGAUCCUUGAGGAGACGCACCUUGUUGUCCCCCAAGGCCUGGAAGUCCAGUUUCUCAGACUUCCACCGGGGCUACAACCCCAACAAGAGGUUCAGUUUCCGCUCUCCGGACAAACCUCGCCACGGGUCCUUGACCAGGGAGAGCAGCGCCGUCGCCGUGGUGCCGCUGACCCCUCCCCUGGAGAGUCCCACCUUUGAGUCCAGGGGGUCCAGCCGCAACCAGGCGCACGUCCCCGCCGAGCUGGGGGAGGCCGAGGGCACGGAGGCGGCCAAUCAGGAGCCGGACGACGGUAGCGAGGACUCGAAGGCGCCGGAGAAGACCGAGGACGCCACCGAGGACGCCACCGAGGACGCCACGGCGGCGAGCGAGAGCAGCUGUGACCUCAACAACUCCUGUGAGUCUCAGAGUCUGGACCUGCAGCUGGGAGACGUCCCACCAGACCUGAGUCUGGACUCCCUCAGGGUCAACGGACUGGAGGACGGACACUCUCAGGACCUGGACCUGGACCUGGACCCUCCACGCCAGGACCUCCCUGCAGACUCCAAAAGCACAGACGUGUGACAUCUCACUCUCUUAAAGCUGAGAGGACAGCUGCAGAGGAAGGAGGAGCGAGAGGAGCAUCUGUCGUCCAACACCAUCUUUGAUCCUCAGCUUGGAUGCCAUGACAAAGUUUUUAUGUAGUCUACUAGUACUGUGCAAAUAAGUACUACUAAUCAUAAAGUUUAGUGUACUAGUACUGUACGAGUAAGUAUUACUAAUCAUAAAGUUUAGUGUACUAGUACUGUAUGAGCAGGUAUUACUAAUAAUUUUAAUCCCAGAGAGAUAAUCUAUACUCUUAAUAUAUUUUAUAUUUUCCUUUGACACUAAAACAUCAUCUAUGAUCAUUUUGUUGUACGACUGUUGUCUUGUCACGUGUACGUGGACGCCAACUAGCUUCUUCUUCAUUGUCAGUCAAUGUUGUUCAGUGUCAAAUAAAUGUUGUCACUGAA